GAUACCAAACUCGUGGAUCGCAUCUUACUCCGCCACUUACUCGAUCUCGCGCAAGCGAAGCUAGCCACUGCAUCUGGACUUCCCAAGCGUGAAAACAACUUUCGCAUUACGCAGUCAUUCCUCUGGAGGGAGGCACUGGCUUCCUACCAAACAUCUGCUGAGCGCUUGCAAGCUGCCCGUAAACUGUUGAAUGCACCAGGGUUGACGCUUGACUCUGCGACGAAAAAAUUCGUCUCAUCCGACACCGGGAUGAGUCUUGUGGUCCAGAAACCAUCGCUGAUCCGUGAGAUGGGUGAUAACGUAGCACACCCUAAGUACGUAUCAAGGGAUGCAUACAAAAAAAUAAUCGCGCGGCACACUGUCACUGAUAAUCACGCCGGACUUCAUGCUAUCUUGGAGUAUGUUAAUCCUGUACCCCAGUCGAACUGA